AUGAAUUGUGACAAUUUUUUUCAUUGCCAAGGAAAUUAUGAUGCUGUUCAUCUCUGUGAAAAAACGGCUAAUGAUAUCCGUAUUGCGAAAAAAAUUAGUGAUUGCCGUGAGGAACUUCAAGAUCCAAGUUCAACGGAUAGCCAAGCAGACCAAAGAGCAAAUAAGUUUGGACGAGAUGGAGGCGUACUCGUACAAUAUAUACAUAUUUGGGUUGAUAGAAAUUCAACCAUUCUUCUGAUUGUACAGGGUGGUAAAUAA